AAAAAUGUCUUGCACCCUUACUUCCGAACAAUCGCUCAUUUCCAAAGAGCGUUCCUUCGAAAAGUCCAUCCUCAGGUCAAUAGACCUAAAAUGCCUGUGCCCACUGGGCCACGACUCUGAUGGUCAGAAAUUUGUUACUAUAAUGAGCCCAAAGUCAGAAAGGAAGGUUAUUGAGAUUACGAAGAUAGGGGUCGUGAGUGAAGUGGACGUUGAGAGGAUUACGACUGGAGGCUAUAGGUUCAGGCAUAUUAGGCUAUUGGACAGGUAUUUUAGGAGGUAUAAUGGAGCUGCGGAGGUUGAGGAUGUGGAUAUUAAGUCUGAAGUCAAGAAUACGCCGUUUAAGUUGGUUCUGUGUGGGUUAUGAAGAAUUUUUCCGAAAAUUACGAUGUCGAUGACGAUAGCUAAAUUUAAGAUAUCAAGACAGCAGUUGGGAAGGAUUAUUACUGGGUUAAGUCGUUGUGAGGAGAUUAUUUUCUCUUUGUGUACUCUUGACUUAGAGAAAUUCAAACUAAAAGAUAUGGAUUAUAAUAUUCAUAAACUCGUCUUUAAAUUCUGCUUUGAAAAGACUUCGAAAAAGCAGAUUGGAGAUGAAUAUGAAAGUACAAAGCUUCUUGAAUUGAUUCGCAAUUCCUCUCUUCAGAACUCUCUAAAGAAAUUAGAAUUCAAAGAUUGUUUCUUUGAACACAGUCAGGAAGCCACAACUAAGCUGUAUAAAUUAUAAGCAGUAGUGAAACCAAAAACGUAGAGUAUUGAUCUCAAAAUCUCUUGCGAAGAAUAUAAUCAAGAUUACUUAAGAAUAUGUGAUUGCUUAAUAAUUUUGAUUUUAUCCUCAUACUCUAAAAUAUCAUUUAAGGGUAAAAUAACUAAACAUGUUUAAUUUUAGUACACUCGGAGACAUCG